AUGCUCCCCGCCUCUCUUGCGCGGGUGCGGGCCUGCCGGGAGUGGCGACGGAUCGUUCCCAGCGGAUGGGCGCUGCUGGGGCCGGGGCCUUGCCCGGGAUGGCGGCAGAGCAUCGGGACGCAGGCCGGGGGGCUGCGAGCUGAGAAAGCUGGCGGUGAGAGCAAACAAGUGUCGGUGCAGAGGGAUCAGCGAGAGGAAACUCUGCUGUCGGCUGCUCAGAAAGUGAAAGAAGGUGGAAGAGACUUCACGUAUUUCAUUGUGGUGCUUGUUGGAAUUGGUGUUACAGGUGGUUUGUUCUAUGUGAUUUUUAAAGAGCUGUUCUCUUCUUCUAGUCCAAGUAAGAUCUAUGGAGAUGCCUUGGAGAAAUGCAGAUCUCACCCUGAGGUAGUUGCUGUCUUUGGUGAAUCUAUCAAGGGUUAUGGGGAGGCAACAAGAAGAGGAAGACGACAGCUUGUCAGUCACGUGGAGUACGUGAAGGAUGGGCUCAGGUACCUGCGUCUGAAGUUCUACAUCGAGGGCUGUGACACAGGCAAGCGGGGAACUGUCCACGUGGAAGUGAAAGAGAAUCCUGAGAGAGGGCAACUGGAGGUUCGAUACAUAUUUGUGGAUGUGGACACCUACCCCAGGAGAACCAUUGUCGUGGAAGACAACAGACAGCCAACAAUCAGAGCUGCUGCCUGCAUGGGGUGAUGCAGCAACUGUUGGAUGUUCUCAACUCUCUCUUGCAUCUCUGGAGCUGCCUUACAGGAAAUACCUUCUCAGGGUGUCCAUUAAUGUCUUUUAGAGUAACAGCUGCAGGAUUUAAAGUGAAGAUGAUAAAUUAGAGUGGAGCUGUCACAGCUCUAGAGAAAGAGAUUAAUGUUAGAUAAUGCUUCUGAACAUCCCAAAAACUCAGUCUUCAGAGAUUCUAGGUUUGGGUGGGAGGUUUUUUGUCUUCCUUUAUUUGGAUUUCCCACUAUGAUGGCAAUAAAGAA